AUGGGGUUGAUGUCUUAUUUUCUUGAUAGUGAAGUGGUGCAAACUGAGAAAGGGAUUUUUAUCUCACAAAAAAAGUAUGGUGGAGACAUUCUCAAAUGCUUUAAGAUGGAGUUUUGCAAGCCAAUUUUGACUCCAAUUGAACAGAGAUUGAAAUUGAAGAAAGAUGGUAGUGGAGAGUUUGUUAAUCAGACACAGUACAAGCAGCUUGUUGGGAAUUUGAGCUACUUGACGGCUACUAGACCUGACAUCACAUUUGGAGUUGAACUGAUAAGCAGAUUUAUGGAUGCUCCUCAUAUUGAUUUGGCAGGAGAUAAAAAGGCAAAGAGCACCUCAGGUCAUGCUUUUGAUAUUGGUUCUGGAGUUAUGUGUUGGUCAUCAAAGAAGUAG